UGUCCCAUCAGGCACAAAUUACACAUCCCUUCUGGAUAUAAAACAUCUGGAUUACAAACAGUUUGGAGGAGUUUAAAGUGAAGCAGCUGAGAGGGAGCACAGCAGAUUGCAGUAUGGAUUUACUUCUGGUGGUGUUGGCUCUGUCCUUACUGUCCACGGUGGACGCUCAGUACCAAGACCACCACGACAUGGGCUGGGUCAACGGCUACCGCCAGGGCUUCAACUUCCAGUGCCCCCAUGGGGAGGCCCUGGUGGCCAUCAGGAGCUACUUCAGCGAGACUGAUGGCUCCGACCGCCUGUGGUCGUUUGAGUGCCAGCCCACUCCCGAGGGUCUGGGGGAGCCCUCAGACUGCUGGUGGGAUGACAUCAACCGUGCCGGGAUGGAGUGGACUUCGACAUGCACCCGCAAUGGCCUGGUCGCCGGAGUGCAGAGCAAGUACUUUGAGUCUCUUCUUGACCGGGAAUGGCAGUUCUACUGCUGCUACUACAAACGCCGCUGCCCCUACUCCUGCAUGAAGACCACUGAUGUUCCAGAACACUACAGAGAAGAGGCGGAGAUGGUUGUCCCAACGUACGGCUACUUUAUCCGCGGUGCCCAGACCACCUUCAGUGGAGUGUUAAGAGAUCGACAGUGGAAAUACAUCCUGUGCAGAAUGACAGACUUUGACUGUCAAUUUGAAAACUUAUAAGCAUGAAAGCAACAGUUGUAACUACACAUUAACACUUCUAACUGGAAGAGUACUGGAGCUUGCAGUACUCAAUUAGUCCAUGAGCCACUCAUCAAUUUUGACCAAAUCGGUACCAUUUAAGGGGAAUAAACAACACUUAGAAUCCAGCCUCAGUGUAUCAUGGCCUACACAAAAAUGUAUGAUAACCAUC